GAAUUAUAGUCCUCUAGAGAUUUAUAGCCUGGGCGGAUUGCUCUAGUUUGUUGGAUUGGACUAGGCAGAGCAGCAGUAGGAAAGUUAAGAUAGGGAAAGACUUUGGACCACAACCUCUACAACAACUUGACAGCCAGCAUGUCUCAGCCAGAUGAGGGAGAGGAGAGCCGACCAGAGGUAAGAGAAGAAGAUCUCGUUGAAGCAAAGGAUAAGCUAGGUCUCAAAGGGGAGGUGAAGAGCAAGACCUUUGAAGUGAUGGAAGAGUGUGAGCGUGUUGGGAAGGCCGCCCCGUCAGUGUUCAGUGGAGUGAGGUCAGGGGCUGAGACUGCCUUCAACAAACCACCCACUCGACCGAUCCGGAAGUAGAAGAAGCCUUCUGGGAUCAUCUUUAGAUUUAUCACUUGCUUCUAGGUCUGUACAAACUAGCCACUUGUACUGUUUGCCUUGCGACCUGGCUUUGAGAUAACUGUGAUGGUCUAAUAAAAAAUCAAAUGUAAUCAGUG